AGCAUCUGACGAAGAAGCACAAGUACCACCAACCCAUCUGCAUCUCAAGCAAGAAGACUCUUCUGAUCGUCGGACACCCGUGUGUGACAGAGAGAUUAUGUAUACUAUUAAGGUGUUGGUGGCAGUCGUACUUUGUACGACGGGCACAUUGAGCGCACCACAAAGACCGUCGGGUGGCGCGGACAAAGAUGCGGUAAUCACAUCUCAGCAGCUCGAAGUCGGCUUCGACGGUAAUUACAUUAACAACUUCGAGACGAGCAACGGGAUCAGUCAUCAGGAAACAGGUCAGCCGAAGAAUGUGGACAACGAGACGCCGGUCGUCUCACAGGGUUCGGACGCGUACGUAGCUCCGGACGGCCAACAGGUCAGCAUCACGUGGCUGGCGGACGAGAAUGGUUUCCAGGUGCAAGGCUCUCACAUCCCGACGGCGCCGCCCAUCCCUCCAGAGAUCCAAAGGGCGCUCGAAUGGAACGCCGCUCAUCCCGAGGAGGACGACGGAGGUGACCGCCCGAGACCACCACCAAGAGGUUAAUCAGCCCAACUUUACUUCAAACGUGACCUGAUUCCGAGCCAGCUUGCCAUGGAUAGAACCCGACCCCGAGCUUUCGACGCAAACAUAAAAAUAAAUAUAGUGUGGUAUAUUAAUCUAGAGGAUACAACGUAACACGAAGACAAGGCAUGAGACACCGGUAUAUAAUAAGCAAUAUACUCUCCCGAGAUGAUUCUUUAUCUUACUUUUGUAUAGAUGGAAAAUAAAGCGCACUGUUCAGCCAGUUUCACCACCCGUGGAGGGACGGCGCCGUGCCGAGAUGCACACGCGUCGCCUCCGCACGCAAGAAACGAGAACGAGACGCGCGCGCGCGCGAAUCGUUUACGCGCGCGCUCGUCGAUCGUUAAUUAGUAUAUACGUAUACUUAACUUGUGAUUUUUGUAUAUAAAUAAAAGCGUUUUGCCCAAGUUGAAAA